AUGGGUGGAAUUGAUGCCAAUUGGGUCUCAGCAAAGCGGGCAUGCAUCAAUAUGGACCAUGGAAAGGGUUACCUGGCCAGUGUUCUCGACUGGUCUAAGCACAAUUUCAUCGCACACAUGUUCAAAAAUGACUACAGAAUGGAUUCCCCAUAUAUGUACCACAUUGGUCUCUCGUAUGAUUCAGCGACGGGGAAAUAUUACUGGGAGCAGCCCACCGGCACGGAUAGGAUUCCGAUGACGGGUUCUGUCUUCACAAGGUGGAAUAAGGGCUUCCCAUCGACAAGGGACGAUCAAUACUGCGUUUUAACAGCUCAGACCUCUACCGAUUUCGAUCUUGGAUGGCAAAACGAGCACUGCAGAGCCGUAUCAAAACGCUAUAUUUGCCAGACUGUUGCGUGCGACACCGACAACUACUGUGAUAAUCUGGAAGAAUAG